UUGAACUCGUCGCCCGAAUUAUCAAAUGUGAAUUCGCUCCAAAGCUAUAAAAGUGCGUGCGCACGUGCUGCCUCGCGACCGACGCACCGGACGCAAGGAGGCUUAAUUCACGCUCUUUUCCAGCCAGUCCAAACUAGACUACUCGAAAAGUUUUGCAAUGGCGCCAACACCUGUAAGUGAUGCUGAAAAGUGAGGUUUAAAAUGAACACAAAUGGCAGCAUAUUAGCGAACAGUUCCACGCUGCCCCCUCACGAGCUCACACUCGGCCGUCCUCGUUGGCUUUCUAGCACUCUGGGGAGCGUGCUCAUCUUCACCAUCGUGGUCGACAUACUGGGCAACCUGCUGGUUAUUUUCUCCGUGUACAGGAAUAAGAAGCUCAGAAACGCAGGGAAUAUAUUUGUGGUGAGCCUGGCAGUGGCAGACCUAGUCGUGGCAGUUUAUCCCUACCCACUGGUGCUGAUGUCUAUUUUCAACAAUGGAUGGAACCUGGGUUUUGUACAUUGCCAAAUCAGUGGCUUUCUGAUGGGCCUAAGUGUCAUUGGGUCCAUAUUUAAUAUCACCGGCAUUGCUCUAAACCGGUACUGUUACAUUUGUCACAGCCUCAAGUAUGACAAGCUCUACAGCGACAAAAACUCCCUUUGCUACGUCAUCCUAAUAUGGAUCCUAACUGUUGUCGCUAUUGUGCCAAACUUCUUCGUGGGCUCGCUGCAGUAUGACCCCCGAGUGUACUCGUGCACAUUCGCGCAAUCAGCCAGUUCGGCCUAUACCAUUGCCGUGGUCUUCUUUCACUUCAUCCUUCCCAUACUGGUCGUCACCUAUUGCUACAUGAGGAUCUGGAUUCUGGUCAUUCAGGUGCGGAGACGUGUCAAGCCCGAGUUCCGACCCAAACUUACGCCACAUACAGUGAGGAAUUUUGUCACCAUGUUUGUAGUGUUCGUGCUUUUCGCCAUCUGUUGGGCACCGCUUAACUUUAUCGGCCUGGCCGUUGCCGUGAACCCUGAGCGGGUGGCGCCUCUCAUCCCGGAGUGGCUCUUUGUAUUCAGUUAUUUCAUGGCCUACUUUAACAGCUGCCUUAAUGCCAUUGUGUAUGGACUUCUCAAUCAGAACUUUAGACAAGAGUACAAAAAAAUCAUCAUCUCAUUUUGCACUGCUAGGAUGUUCUACCCAGACAGCUCUAAUGACGCUGUAGACAGGAUGAAAAGCAAGCCAUCCGCUUUAAUGUCAAACAACAACCAAGUGAAAGUUGACUCAGUGUAAACACUUGAAGGUUUAAGUCAAGAUGAGCAAGACAUACUCCAAAUACCCCUCUGCACCCCUUGGGACUGUAAAUGGUACUAUAUACAUAUAAUAAACCUAUAAACAAUGUAUUCAGGCAUACAGGGCGUAUGGAUUUUCUUUAACAGAUUCUUUUUUAAAUGGUGCAUUGCAGAUAUCCUGUCUCAUGUUUACAUUUCAUAAUGGGGAAAGACGGAUUUAUUUAUUGUGACAGUUUUUAUUGAUAUUUUACGGCUAUCAUUUUGUUCCCAAAUGUCACCUCAAAGUAACAUAAAAAAAAUUUUGAUUUAACAUAUUAUAAUUGUACAUAUUGCAUUUGACAUUUGAUAACGGUCUUUGCCCACGGUCAAAAUACAAAGAGGUUGUCUACAGCACAUGAAAACCCCCUUUUAAGCCCUGGAGCUUAAUAUAUAAUUGCUGUUUGGCACUAAACAGUCAGCAAGGUUAUGUUACUUUGCGGAAUACAAAUAUAUUUUGACUCCAUUGAUGGAUUGGUGAACAAAUUGCACUGUAUGUUUUUGAUUGGGAAUUUCUAUAUUUUUAUAACCUUCUUGUAUGUGGCAUAGUAUACAGGGUGAUUCAAAAGUGUUAGUGCCAUUUUUGUGGUGUCAGUGUCAAAAGACACUGUAAUACUCUAGUCGAACCAUCCAUGUGCAAACUCAAGCUGGUAGCAACUUCACCAAAAAUGACAACAGUACUGUAAAGAAAACUGUAAAGAAAACUGCUGCCAGUAUGCUUUAACAUUGUUUAAUUUUUUUUUUUUUAAUCAACCUGUACAUGAAGAAGAACGUUUAAAAAAUCGAAAGCUUGACAAGAGGAUGAAGUAAAAGUGCUGGAAAUAUUUAUCAUGGAAGGCUGAAUAGGUAAUGCAAAAUUUCAGGUCAUAUGGAGAAUUGCUGUGAGCAAAAUAAACCUGGUGAUAAUGAUCUGUUUGUAUUUGUGCAUGCUCCAAAUUCUGUGUGCAAAACACCUUUAUUGUGUCACUUUGCUGUCAGACAUUUUAUACAUCACUUUUGUUUUCAACAUAAAGCAAAAUGACUGAACAUAUUUGUUUGUCUGUCUUUGAGAUGUCACAUGAGUCUUUUACUGAAAUAAGCCUAGUGCUGCCUGUACACACAGGGUAUUUAUUUUCAUAUUCUCUCUCAAGAUUUUUUAAAAAUACAAUUGUGAAUGUAGGAUUACAAAUUUAUGACGAUUAUCCCAUUUAUUAUGUUGCCACAUUCUCGGGUAUUGUCAUAUUUUCAGAAACUGCAAUCCAGCUUUGCGGGUUUUUUUUGUUUUUGUUUUUUUGCUCCAAGUCUAAUCUGGCAGACAAGAAAAACUUUAAAAUACUUUGGAUCAUCUGAGGAGAAACCGAUUUCUGGGCCAAAUGAUCUGUUUUACGUAUUUUCUUAUCACAAUGAUGCCUCCAGUAGGUUUGCCGGAUAUCUGUCAGCAAUAGAAUCAGACGUUGAGGUAGGUUUCUAUCCAUGCACGAUUCUUUCAUAGAAUGAUUCAUCUUGUGCAUCCUGACCAUACACAGUGUACAAUCGCUGAGCUAUUUUUAAGUGCAAGUUGCUGUGUCCAU